AUGGGCUUGAAGCCAUAUAUGGGACUUCGAGGGAAUGCCCUCUUGAGAGCCGCAGUGUGGCUGGUCGUGGCUCCAACAUUCACCUGUUAUGGAUACAACAUGAGUGUGGCCGGUGGUCUAUUGACUCUGCCUGAGUUCAACUCUCAGUUUCCUCGAAUGGAUACCAUCACGACCACGGGAGAGACCAAGGCCAUGAACUCGACCAUUCAAGGAACCGUCAUCGCCUUGUAUACCGUCGGAGGCAUCUUUGGUGCUCUGUCAUGCGUCUAUCUGGGUGACCUUCUCGGCCGCAAAAAGGUCAUCUUCUGGACCAACUUUGUCACCAUCGUCGGCGCCAUCUUGAUGGCCACAUCUUUUGACUUUGCGCAAUUCAUCGUUGCAAGACUGAUUCUCGGCCUGGGCAUCGGUGGCUACGUCGCCACUGUGCCCGUCUGGCAAUCGGAAAUCUCUCCCGCUCACAAACGAGGCUCCAACGUCGUCACGGAUGGCAUCUUCGUGGGAAUUGGGGUGACGCUAGCCCUGUGGAUUGAUCUGGGGUUCUACUUUAUCAAGGGGAGUUCCGUAUCAUGGCGCUUUCCGCUGGGCUUUCAGGUCGUCUUGUCUCUGAUUGCCAUGAUCUUCAUUCCCUUACUACCCGAGUCGCCUCGCUGGCUCAUCAAGACUGGUCGGAUCGAUGAUGCGAGACUAGUGCUCGCGGCAUUGCAGGAGCUGGAGCCGCACUCGUCGACCAUUACCAACACGAUUCAGGAGAUCCAAACCACGCUGGCCGUAUGUGGGAAUACUUCCUGGACGGCCAUGUUCACCAAUGGCGAGCAACGAUUGUUCCAUCGUGCAUAUCUGGCGGCCACGGGCCAAAUGUUUCAGCAGAUUUGCGGAGUGAACCUCAUCACCUAUUAUGCCACGACGAUCUUUGAGCAAUACCUCGGCACCGACGCCGUCAAAUCCCGUAUCCUCGCCGCAGCAAUGGGUCUCAUGCAACCCUUUGGCGGCUAUCUCGCCUACUUCACCAUCGACCGACUCGGCCGUCGACCUCUCAUGCUCUGGAGCGCCGGCGCCAUGUCCAUCUGCAUGGCCAUUCUCGCAGGUACCACCUCCCCCGCCGCCAAAUCCAGCACCGCCGCCCUCGUCAUCGCCGUCAUCGCCCUCUACUGCUUCCAAUUCAUCUUCACCGUCGGCUACUCCGGUCUCACAUUCCUCUACGCCGCCGAGAUGGCACCUUUGCAGGUCCGUGCCGCCGUGAGCGCCGUCUCCACGGCCACGGUGUGGUCCUUCAACUUCCUCCUGGCCGAGGUCACCCCCAUCGGGUUUGCCACCAUCUCCAAUAAGUACUACAUUGUGUUUGCCGUGGUCAAUGCGUUGAUUGUGCCGGCGGUGUAUCUGUUUUUCCCAGAGACCAAGGGUCGAUCGUUGGAGGAGAUUGAUGAGAUUUUUGCACAGUCCAAGAGUAUUUUUGAUCCGCCAAAGGUGGCGCGGCGAAUGCAGAAUACGUUGAGGGCGCGACGGCCAGAAUCGGAUGGUUCAGGACAGGUGGAUUCGGAGAGUGGUGGGGACAAUAAUGAGAGUAUCAAGGCGGGUGUCAAGGAUUAG